UUGCUGCAAGCAGAACAUUGACAGUGGAGAAGAGGCUGGGCACCAUGCCAUGUUUGCGCAACCUGAGCAAAGAGCUGCUGCUGAAUGUGCUGGAGUUUUCAUUGGAUACCUCUGUGCUUGAGCUUGCUGCAACUUCUCGAGGUGUGAGGAGUGCAGUGGACGAAUGUAGAUCAACAGGAAAAGGAUUCCCAUGGCGACAACCACCAGGUAGCCUUGAAGUCUCUGGACUCUGGAGAGUUUUUGGCUUGGGAGACCUCAAGAGGAUUCCAGUUCCACCUGUGAACCUAAGGUGUGAUGUAGAGUUCCAGGACUUUGCAGAAGUGGUGGCCUUUCUCAAAGCUGCCAACGACUUCGCGGCUGACACCAUGGAUGGCCACGUGACCUUCGACAAACUUUCAUUCGAUGCUGGUGACGUGGCUCACCUCUUCUUCGGGGCAGAUGACCGGAACGACAGGUGGUGUGCAACGGGAGAGACAGAAGUGCUCUUCAACGGCCGUCGUGUGGAAUGCACACUUGAUGCCCAGCGAACAGAUGACGACGAAAACCCUUGGAUGUACGUCCACGUGGACUGCGAGAAUGUGCUGCCAAAUCCCAUCAUUUGUUGCAGCAGCCUCCUGUCACCAGAGCUCAGAAUGCGUGCCAAUAUACGGUGUGGUGAUAUUCACGAUCUUGACGAGGAGUCUCCUUUCACCGACUUCGUGCUCACAAACAUGCCACUGCCACUGUUUUUUGGUGUCAAAGAGCUUGAUGUUCCGGAGCGUUGGAUGUUUGACUAGGCUCACAGAAGCCUAUAUCGAAGGGGCGGUGGUACGCACAAGCAUGCCGCUGCCAAUGUUUUUCGGUGUUAAAGGGCUUGGCUAGGCUGACAAGAGCUUAGACUUUGGGGGAAGCGGGGAAUAAAA